AUGAGUCGAACAUCUCUGAAACAGAAAAAGAAGAAUGAGACUGGACCAAGGUACUCAAAAGACAGCCUAGAAGUAGACAAAUCUAGAAAGGAUUCUGAGAAAUCAGGAGUUCGUCUGAGCACUCAGAUGAGGCGUGCGGUCAUACCGCAUCACUUGCUGAGAUGCUGCCCCAUGUGGGGUCACUCGUCAUGUAGACGCUGCCUUUGUGCAGCUGAGGGAAAAGCGCUUCUUGGCCCCUGCUGCACGAUACGUAUUUAUAUUCACAUGUGCCUGUUGUGGGAGCAGGGCUAGCAGAUCACCGUGAUCAGGGUGAGCCGAGACCAAACUACUGACUUUGGAGGGGAGCUACAGGCAAUCUGGGGAUCACGAGAAUUAACCUUGCUGAAGACAGACUCUCGAGGGUACCUAGUGAGAAAUCAGUGGUCUCGAACUUCACGGAGCCCGUCCACCAGAGCUCCAUCAGGAGAUGAGUCCAGAAGCAAGAACACAAGCCUUAAGCCCCCCAGUAGCUCCAAGACCUCCCGGACUUCAUCCACCUCCCCUAGCCAUCAAGAGUCACCAAAGCCACUGUCAGCACAGCGCUCGCCACCCACACCAACCAUGCCGCUCGACUCACGUUCUUCCACGACCCCGGAGGUCCAGCUCCAGACCGGGUCCCGGCGCAGCACCAAGAUGGCUGAGAAUUCCGACGCCUGGUCUCCCGGCCUGGGGCGGGAAAUCCAAGCGGGCCAGUACACACGAGAGUUGCGGGACUCGCGAAAUUCCAGGGAUACGCACCAGCGGGAAUAUCCGCGCACGCCCCCCACUGAAAGGAAAUCCUAUGCCCAGCGCAAGGCUCUCUACCCGUCACAGCUGGAUCAAGACUGUAUGCCUGACCUGGUCAGGCAGUGAGAGGAAGAGGCGGACGAGAACGAUGCCUACUGGGCAUCCGUGAGAACACUGUACGAGAAGACACCGAGCUGCUCGCGCCCCAGGCUGCCCAAACCCAAGCAUGCCAUCACCAUCGCUGUGUCAUCCCGUGUGCUCUUCAACAUGGUGGACAGCAGGAAAAUCUACAAGGAAGAGGGUCUGGAAAAGUACAUGGAGUAUCAGCUUUCCAAUGAGAAUGUCGUGCUGGCCCCAGGGCCGGCCUUCCGCUUUGUCAAGGCACUGCAGCACGUCAAUGCUAGACUCCGUGAGCUGUAUCCUGAUGAACAGGACUUAUUUGAUAUUGUUCUGAUGACUAAUAACCAUGCCCAAGUGGGAGUGCGGCUUAUAAACAGCGUCAAUCACCAUGGAUUACUAAUUGACCGGUUCUCUGGUGGAAAAAGCCCCAUUGGCUAUUUGAAGGCAUAUCUUUCCAACUUGUAUCUUUCUGCGGAUUCUGAAAAAGUACAAGAAGCAAUACAAGAAGGGAUCGCCUCUGCAACAAUGUUUGAUGGAGCCAAAGACAUGGCUUACUGUGACACACAGCUCCGUGUGGCCUUUGAUGGGGAUGCCGUCCUCUUUUCUGAUGAGUCUGACCAUAUUACCAAGGAGCACGGGCUGGACAAAUUCUUUCAACAUGAAGCACUAUUUGAGAAUAAGCCUCUUGCUCAGGGUCCCUUGAAAGGCUUUCUGGAAGAUUUAGGCAGACGGCAAAAGAAGUUUUAUGCCAAAGACGAACGGUUAUGUUGCCCAAUCAGGACCUACCUGGUUACAGCUAGGAGCGCAGCCAGUUCAGGCGCCCGCGUGCUGAAAACCCUUCGCCACUGGGGUCUAGAGAUAGACGAAGCUCUUUUCCUUGCUGGAGCCCCCAAAGGUCCCAUCUUGGUGAAGAUAAGGCCCCACCUCUUCUUCUUUGAUGACCACAUGUUCCACAUUGAAGGGGCACAGAAAUUUGGCAGCAUCACAGCUCAUGUACCUUAUGGAAUUAAUCAAAAAGAGAACAAUUAGGGAUGGGAAGGGGAAAUAAAGCAGUGGGUCUGGUAUUACGGAAG